GUUGACAGUUUAUUUUGGUUUAGAAUUUUUGCAAAUAUUUAUCAGUCGCCGCUCGGUACAAAUUGGUGCUGAUGGAGUUUGUUGUGCCAAUGUUUGCAUAACGAUUUUUCUAAAAUUGUACAGAUUAAUUUGCAAAAAUAUACAUGCAAAAAUGUUCGACAUCCGAUCGGUUGUGAUUGUGGCUGUUUUGCUGUUGUUUUUUAUUUGCCAAAUUUACGCCUCGACCGGAGAUCAAAGCCCAUUUUUCCAGAACUGCAUUAAAGCGUGCAUUUCUUCGAAUUGUACAAAAACUGGAUUGGUAUUCAAGCGGAACCUACAACGAACACAGAGUACCUUCAACAAGCUUCUUCUAUGGACAUGUUACGAUGAGUGCGAGUACGAUUGCAUGUGGCAAACAACGAGUGCCUUCGCAAGACGCAACUGGACAACACAGCAGUUCUAUGGAAAAUGGCCUUUCAUUCGGAUGUUCGGACUGCAGGAACCGGCGUCAGUUAUUUUCUCCAUGACAAAUUUUGGUACUCAUUAUGCAAUGUUGAAAAAGUUUCGCCGGGAAGUUCGUCCCGAUAGUCCGAUGUAUACGCUGUGGCAUGUGUUUUCGUACAUUUGCCUGAACGCGUGGGUUUGGUCGGCGGUAUUCCACGCGCGAGACUUUCCAAUAACAGAGUUGUUCGAUUAUACUUUUGCGUACUCCAUGGUGCUGGCCUCAUUCUAUUGCAUGGUCAUGCGGAUGAUUCACCGGAUGUCUCGCUAUCUGAAGGGAAUUUUCAGCCUUUUUUGUAUUGUGUUCUUCGUAAAUCACUUCUCGUACCUGAGUGUCGGACGGUUCGAUUACGCCUAUAACAUGAAGGCGAAUAUCGUUACAGGGAUGACUGGAGCCGCUGGGUGGAUUUUUUGGUGUUUCCUACAGCGUCGUAAGCGUCGCUACGUCUGGAAGUGCUUUCUGUUUGUUGUGCUGGCCACGUCCUCCUUGCUACUUGAGAUAAACGACUUCCCACCGAUCCUCUGGACGUUCGAUGCACACUCCAUUUGGCAUCUGAUUACUGCUCCAUUGACAGUGCUUUUUUAUAGCUUCAUCAUUGAUGACUGCAGGAGUCUGAGACAGGAAAUGUACGACGGUGAUAUUGAUGACACACGAAAACUGUUGUAAAAGAUUAAUUUCCAGAAGAAAAAAUAUUUGUUUAACCAGUACACGAUGCAUGGUGUAUUGUAUGAAAUUCAAAAGACUUGAUAUGUAUUUCAUUGCCAUCGUAACAAUCGUGCCACUUUUUCGCCAACAUUUGGAAGUUCGUUUUAGUCAAGCGACAAUAAUUAGUACUCGUAAAUUGGAGCAUCUGAAUGGUGGCCGAAAGGGGAGGCGUUACGUUCCACGAAAUAAGUAUUUUCAAAUAGUAGUGCGUUACAUGUGUCAUACCAGUGUAUAGUAUAAUCAGUAGGAAUAUAUUUAUAAACUAGAAAAAUGAAAUCAGCUUCUCUGCCAGACUUUUUGGAGAGGUAAAUUUUCAGCUAGCUAUAUAUUGACCCUAUUACCAAUUUAGAUUAUUGAUGUUACAGUUAGAUGGAUAGGAUAGGCGGUGUCAUUUUGAAUGUUAUACGAUAAACGCGCAUGGUCGCGGCUAGUCUUGAACGUUUCUUUAGCUAAUAAAAUGAUGAACAAUAGUGAACUCUUAUUGAA